AAAUUACAGAUGACAGAAAUCAAGAAACAUUAAAAAGAAUAAUCAAAAAACAUGUUAAAAGAAAUUCAAUAAUUCAUACUGAUAGCUGGAAGGGGUAUUAUCAUCUUGAAUCUUUAGGCUAUAUUCAUAAAAGAGUAAAUCAUUCUAGAAAAAGACUUCAAGGCAGAAUACAUUCAAAUUCAAUUGAAGGA